AUGCUUCCUCUCAGGCUCAUCGCCCCCAACCUCAAAAUGCCUCCUGCCGAGUAUGCCUGGGAUGGCGGCAAAGGCAACCUGAGCCUCGCGGUGAGACAGGCCCAGUCUGGCACCGGAGGAACCACUGGCGACGCCAACAGCACCUCGCAGCCUCCUCCGGCCAGCACUCCCAGCACUCCCAGCACCGGCACCGAGCCGCCAUCUACCGCCGGCCAGUCCACACCGACUCCCUCGCCUGCGCCCGCGCCCGCGCCCAGCACAACGGCGCCCGCGCCCUCCCAGCCGUCAAGCAGUGCUCCUCCGCCCCCGUCGAGUUCCGCUCCUCCUCCUCCUCCCUCGUCGUCGUCGGCCGCGCCACCUCCGUCAACUCCUGAGCCCGCGCCUGCGCCUGCGCCGUCUUCGACAUCGACAUCGACGCCGGCGCCAGCCCCGUCCGUUCCAAGCUCGACUCCCGUCGCUCCAAGCACCACGCCGACGCCCGCCCCAAACCCCCCAACCACGACUGUUGAGACCAGCCUGACACCUACAUCGACAUCGACCGUCAUUGUCACCUCCACCACCACCGGCAGGUCAAUUUCUUCCUCGACCACGAGCACCCCCUCGCAGAGCCCCACUCCCGUUUCUGGCGGCAGCAGCGGCGGCGGCCUCAGCUCCUCUGGCAAGGUUGCCAUCGGCGUCGUCGUCCCCAUUGCCGCCAUUGCUAUUCUUGCCGUCAUUGGCCUCUUUUGGUGGAGGAAGCGCAAGGCCCGUCUCGAAUCCGAAGAAGAGCGCCGCAAGGAGGUGGAGGACUACUCGUACAACCCCAACGCCGACCCAACCAUCCCCGCCGUCGGCCUCGUCGGCGGCGGCGCUGGCGGCGACAAUGGCUAUGAGAUGCGCGAGGAUACCUCCAACGGCUAUCGCGGCUGGGGCUCGACCACUGCUGCUGGCUCCGUCGGCCGCAAGGCCUCGACGACGCUCUCCAACCCCGGUGCCUUUUCCGAUGCCACCACGGCUCGUGCUCCCCACGACGGCCAUGACGGCAACUCGUCUCAAGAGGGCGAGAUUCUUGGCGCCAUGGGUCCCUCGGCCGCCAACAACCGCGCCGACGUCCGCCGCGGGCCCUCCAACGCAUCGUCUUCCUAUAGUGCCACUGGCCGUUCCGAGGGCUCCGACAGCGGCUUGUACGGUGGUGGCCCUGCCGCCUAUUACGAUCAGUACAGCCAGGGCGCCUACGGUGACGGUGGUGCCGUCAUUCGCGAUAAUCCCGCACGACGCAACACCCAGAUCGAAAACACGUCCCACUUCCCCCAGCAGAGCGCGGGUAUUGCUCAAAAUUUUUGA